UACCUGCGCCUGGGCCGCCGGUGACCCGGGCCAGGUUCGCCGGGUGGGCUAAGGUUGCGGAGAAGGAGGAAGGUGGCGCGGCGGGAGGGCGCCGACUCCCGGAGGCCGCCGUCGGGGCGAGGUGUCCUCAUGACUCCUCUUGUGGACCAUGUCCAUGAUCCUUUUUGCCUGUGUGGUUAGGGUGAGGGAUGGACUGCCCCUCUCGGCCUCCACUGACUUUUACCACACCCAAGAUUUUCUGGAAUGCAGGAGACGGCUCAAGACUUUAGCCUUGCGACUGGCCCAGUAUCCAGGUCGAGGUUCUGCAGAAGGACUUGACUUCAGUAUCCAUUUCUCUUCUUCGAGGGAUGUGGCCUGCAUGGCUAUCUGCUCCUGCCAGUGUCCAGCAGCCAUGGCCUUCUGCUUCCUGGAGACCCUGUGGUGGGAAUUCACAGCUUCCUAUGACACCACCUGCAUUGGCCUAGCCUCCAGGCCAUACGCCUUCCUCGAAUUUGACAGCGUCAUUCAGAAAGUGAAGUGGCAUUUUAACUAUGUAAGUUCCACCCAGAUGGAGAGCAGCUUAGAAAAAAUUCAGGAGGAACUCAAGUUCCACCCUCCAGUGGUUCUCACUCUGGAGGACGCAGAUGUGGCUAACGGGGUGAUGAACGGUCACCCACAGAUGCACUUGGAGCCUGCUCCGAAUUUCCGAAUGGAACCUGUGACAGCCCUGGGCAUCCUCUCUCUUAUUCUCAACAUCAUGUGCGCUGCCCUGAACCUCAUUCGUGGAAUUCACCUCGCAGAACAUUCUUUACAGGUUGCACAAGAAGAAAUUGGAAGUAUUCUGGCUUUUCUUAUUCCUUUUGUAGCCUGCAUUUUCCAGUGUUAUUUGUACCUGUUCUACAGUCCAGCCAGGACGAUGAAGGUGGUGCUGAUGCUGCUUUUUAUUUGCCUGGGCAACAUGUACCUGCAUGGGCUGAGGAACCUCUGGCAAAUCCUCUUCCACAUAGGAGUGGCUUUCCUGUCUUCCUAUCAGAUCCUGACGAGGCAGCCUCAGGAGAAGCAGUCUGACUGUGGAGUGUGAGGAUGACGUCAUGGGCUGAACGGAUCCUUUGAUUUUCUUAUGAGGGUCAUUGGUGUUCCCCGUUUUGCUUCUCGACUUCACCUUAAGUUUCCAUCCUUGAAGUUCCUUUCAGCCAAAGCGGAUUGACCCCGAGAGCUGAGAUUUUUCAUAGGUGCAGUUGAAAGCAUGAGAUUGCUUGACAUCCAGUCCGAGUUCUGUGCUGAGCGUUACUGCAGAAUCUCCAGUUCAGCACGUUUACCUCGGACAGCAGAAUCGGGGGGCUUAUUCAGAAAGAGCAUUAUUGGAAGACCAAAAUGGACUUAUUUUGGUCUUUUGAACUGAGUGAUGCAAUAAACCACUAGAUUCAAUAACAGUAGUUUAAAGUAAUUGGCAGUUGUCUCUGAGAAACCACUUAAAAAUCUGUAUCAGCUUUUCAGUCUAAAUGUGACUUGGUUAGUUUUUUUUUUUGAGGGCCAGAAGAGGGUGAACUAAAAACUUUAAAAAGUGGUUUAUAACUCUAAGAUGGAUAAAUUUUGUUUACAUUUUU